AGGACACCAGAUCCCCCAUUUAUUUUGGACACUUUUUCCCCCUUUUUGGACACUUUCUGUUUAUUGUUUAAUAAAAGCCUCUCCGAGGCCUGACGUCACGCCCACUGUGUCUGUCGCUUUGCUCCGCACCCGUGACAAUAGAUAGAUAGAUAGAUAGAUAGAUAGAUAAGAAAUAUUAGAUGGAUUAGAAAUAUUAGAUGAGUUUGAAUGAAUUUCAAUGGAUUAGAAAUAUAGUACAUAGAAGGGAAGCUUCAUGAGUUUUGACAGUUGGAGUUUGAAUAGUGUUGGCUCAUCUGAACAUUCCGUCAAUGUAAAUCUAUGGGAUUUUUCCGAGUUUUAACAGUCAUUUUUAGGAAAACCGUAAGUAUGAUCAGUUAGAUAUAUAGCACACUCGGUCAGAUCAGUCUGGAGAUCUGGGCUGAGUUUGGAGUUUGUAGAGUUAAAGGUCUAGGAGGAGUUAGUGUUGACAGAUUUAAUCUCAGAAGAAGAAUAAUAAUAAGUUGUUUAAAUAGCAUUUUAGUAAAUUGGCUUUUUCAAGCCAACUUAAUAAACACUGAUGAGCUUCCUUAUUGCGGAAUGCACCUUUUCUACUCAUUCCAAAUUCACAGCAAACAAUAAAUAGUGUGAAAUAUCUCAUGCACAGCGCACUUAAUUAGAAACUCCAACCCUAAAUCAAAUUUUUACUGUAGCUAGUGAAGCUUCAAAUUUUGCAUAUGUCUAUGCGUUUGUCUAUAACAUUAUAGAAUAUGUUAAUGAGAUCUAAAUAAGCUCUAAUGACCUAAAAAAAAGUAGUGUAAAAUUUUAUUGUUACUUCUUAAUGGAAAUUAGUGUUAUAUCAUUAAUGCAAGCAUAUGGUGAUAUUCUGUUUCAGACAUAUGACUCAAUUGUGCCACAUACACUGUCAGAAAAAAAGAUACAGUUCUGUCACUGGGGCGGUACCCUAAGCUACAAAGUGAAAAGAAAGAAAAAAGAGCUGAAAGAAAAGCUGGAAAACUUCUCUCAGAGUCAUCCAGAUGUGAAGGACAUCAAGAUCCUGGUAGCUGGACAAAUUGGGGCAGGAAAGUCCAGCUUUAUUAAUUCUGUCGAUAGUGCCUUUCAAGGACGGAUCUCCUCUAGAGCGCUAGUUAAUUCAGCUGCUAGUGAUUAUAGUUUCACUAAAAACGCAGCUCACAGGAUUCACCAUCAGAAGUGGGAAAAAAACAUUGCCCUUCAUCUUCAAGGACAUCAUGGGCUUACAACCUGAAGAAUUGACUGGGUCACAAAUGGAAGACAUCAUCAGUGCUGUGUUUGGCCAUGUGAAGGAUGGUUAUAAAGUAAUAAACUGCUACAUUAAUGAGGCAAAUAACAGAUUUGUAUGUGUGCAAUAUGUCUUAUGUUUAACAUAUUUUGCUGAAUUUCCAA